GCUGGCAGUAACAAGCAUCCCCAUGGCACGGUCCGCCGAGGACGACGUGCGCCUCGGGAGGAAGAAGAUCUUGUACACGCGCCUCUGGUGGCUGCUCUUCCACGUCGGCGACUACGUCUGGCUCGUCUACAGCGGGACGUGGGCGGCGUACUUCACCCGGCAAAGCGGCUACGACGUGGCAGGCGCUGCGACCGUCAUUGCGAUCGGCGUCGGCAGCUUUGCCGCCUACGUGCGCCUGCAGUGCUCGUCGCCCGGCUUUGUCCCGCUUGCGCCGACCGCCGACGCUCCCGAGGCGUACGACACGGAUGUGCUCCUCCUCGAGCACGGCCCCGAGUCGCCGGUCGUGGAUGGGGCCAGCGGCAUGGAGCUGCACUACUGCCGGCGCUGCCGCGUGCACCAGCCUCUCCGCGCCAAGCACUGCAAGGACUGCGGGCGCUGCGUCGAGCAAUACGACCACCAGUACUGCGUCUGCGCUGGCGUCUGCGUCGGCCGGGACAACCACCGCAUCUUCGUCACCUACGUCGUCCUGCAGCUCCUCGAGGCCAUCUGUGCGCUGGACAUUGCCGUCUAUGGCUUCUCGAUGCAGGAGAGCAUCCAAGCCUGGUUCGUCGUCAACCUUCCGUACAUCGUCGUCUACUGUUGCAGCCUCUUUACGCUGCUCAUGGCGAUCCCGCUGACCUGCUACCACAUCUACCUCGUGCUCACGAACCAGACGUCCUGGGAGCACGCCCGGCGACGCCAGAUCACCUAUCUGCGCGACCUCCCAGACGACACCUCGCCCUUCUCGGCCGGCUACACCACCAACUGCGUCCGGUUUCUCAUGCGGGGCGAGCGAAGUACGUGGAUGGGUCUAACGGCCGCCGACCUCAACCUCGACAGCGAUGACAGCGACGAGAACGAGAGCAGCAACACCCACAAGAUGGCAACCACCGCCGAGCGCCGAGCGUAG